AAUUAACCUUUAAUUAGAUUUGUUUUUUUUUCUUUUUCUUUUUCUGUUUUUAGUUUAGUUAAUUAACUCUCCCUUACUCUUUUUCUCCCUCUCUUACUUGUUAUGUGACAGUUUUUGUUUUUCUGUGUAAUUAGUGUAAAUAUUAGGCCUACAAACCUAAUUUUAAAUUUCCAUUGAAUUUUGUUUUCUUCUUUGACCUUCAAAGGUAAAUUAGCGCAACCUUGACUUUGAAUAAAGAUGUGAAUGUGUAUAUAUAAAGAGAAAGCAAGAAGGGGAAAAAUAAAAGAAUGGCACAGUUUAAAUUAUUGUUACCCGAUUGUUGGAUAUUCUUAUUGGCGAGGAUGUGUAUUAAUAGAUGCAGUAAAUUAUGUCUCCAACCAAAAUUGUGGAAACUUCCGCCUUUAACACGCCUAAAUUAAUGUAGUAACUAUUUAUCUCUUCCCAAUCACUUCACUUAACUCUAUCAUCAUCAUCAUCAUCAUCAUAUUUGUUGUCAUUAACAACAAUGUUAUUACUAAACCAUUUAAGUGGUUCAUUUUACUAUUCUUUUCAUCACCAUCAUCUUAUGGUUCCUGUGAUUCUUCAUCAUCCUCAUCAUCUUCUUCCAUUGAUCACAUUGUUUCUUCAUUCACAGCUUGAAAAAGAUUCGAUUUUUUUUCUCUAGCUUUUAUUGUUGAUCGUACUUCCAUUCAAAUUGUGAAUCAUCUUGAUGGUCCACUAUUGUUAUCAUUAUUUAAAGAUUAUUUAUACUUGUUUACUUAUUUUUUUUCUCUCAUUUGUUGUUCUUUACAUAAUUCUAAUUAGCAAGUAAAGGGUAUGUAAUAAUCAUCAAUAAUGAUAACAGUAUUCGUUGAAUUGGAGAGAAGCAAAUAAAAUGGAACAAGAAUGAGAUUCGAUGAAGUGUUUAAAUUGUUUGCAGAAAUCAGAUUAUUAUCAUUUCCAUUCAAUUAAAAUGAUUCAUGUUCGCAUUCUUGUUCCAUAUAUAUUCAUCAUCUUCUUUGCAUUGUAAAUUGUCAGAUAAUCGGCGAUCAAUAAUCAAUCAAUUGUACAGAUUUUGAUGUUAAUCAACAAGUGAUCAUUAACACUUUAACAUCAAAAUUAACCAUUUGAUGAUUAUUAUAAUAAUUGACUCUAACAAGUCUAUAAGUUAUAAUGAAGAGUCAUUGAUACUAAUAAUAUUGAUAAUAAUAACUUUUUGCUUUCUAAAAUCAUCAAAACCCCAAUUUACUGAUAACAAUACUAUACUCUCACCCCAGUAAUAAUCCAACAAUUACUUUAACCACGUAAUUAUUGAUGAAAACUAAUGAUUCAACUAAUUAUUGCAUAAAUUUGUUCAAUUCCGUGUUUUUUUUUCAAUAAUUGUGAUAAUGAAGAUCCAACCAGAAGCAAAGAUUCACAAUAAAGAUGAUGGUAUGAAAAAAAGGAAUUGGAGUGAAUGAGAUGAUAAUCACUUUUGCAGAUCACUUUCAGCUUACAAUUCAAAGUAAAAAAAUGGGAGCUCUAAUCGAGGUGCAUCAUCAUCAUCAUCAUCAUCAUCAUCAUCAUCAUCAUCAUCUUCAUCUUCAUCUUCAUCUUUCUUAGUUAAUACUCAGGAUGAUGAUUGAACAACAUUGGGCACAACAACAUAAACAAGACAAAAAAAGCAACCUCGCGCCAUUGAGCGUACUAACCUCAUUCUUACCUGUUUCUUUUGCUCAUCCUGUCCCGGUCAUCCUCUCAUCAUCUUCUUCUGCACUGACUUACAUCUUAUCCCGUUCUCUCUCUCUCUCUCUCUUCAUCUUAUCUUCUCCCUCCCUCCUCCUUCUUAUUCAGUGCUUGGUGUUUUGUACUUACCUCAAUCUUUUUCUCACUCACUCUCAUCUUUUUAGUUCUGUUGUUGUUGUUGUUGAUCAUCAUCAUAAUCAUGCUGUUUUGUAUCAACCGAUCAUCAUCAUCAUCAUCUUCAUCGUUUUCAUCAUUAUCAUUACCUAACAUUAUUGUCCUCAUCUCAUCAUAUUACCUUGUUACUUUUUAGUCUUCUCUUAUUUUUCUUUUCUUCUAUCCAAUAUCUUCAUCUUUUUUUCUCAUCCUUUUACUCUCAUCAUCACCAACAACAACUUAUCUCAAACAAUUAAUCUGUAAUUCUCAAAGUUUUUUUUUCUUUCUUAAUUUUCUAUUUCAUUUUUUCUCUCUUAUUUCCCUUUUAUCCAUCAUCGAUGAUCAGUUAACUUUGUUUAUUUUGUGUGUUGAUUGUAUUCAUAUUUUCAUUUCCACAUCCAACCCACCAACUCCGAAUGACGCCGAUGAUAUUGUUUUAUUGUUUCCACCCAAGAUAGGAUGUACAUUGUUAAAAGAGUGCUUCUAGUCACAGUGUUAAUUGUCUUCAUCAACAUUGACCAAGUCAAUUUAAUACGACCCUUUUUAAGUCGUUUCUCUAAGGAUACGUCUUCGUCCACCUCCUCCACAGCAACAUCAGGUUUCACAUCGGCCUUUAAUUCAACAACCAAUAAAUUAGCUGAUUGGAAAUUUUGGUUAGGUAAAUUGUCACAAUUAACUGGACCUGAUAAGGUUGAUGAUGAUCCUAAGCAGCCUAUCUCAGCCCUAUGGAGUAUCCUUAACAUUGCAAGAUAUGUUUUAUCUUUUCCCCAGCAAUGUUUUUACCAAGGCGAUUCCCAUGAAUGUGGCCUGGGUGUGUCCUGCUGGAUGUCCGGCCGACGGCCUUUAGACCUGUGUAGCGGUGGUGUCUUAUGGUCAUGUUGUGUCCCUCAAGAUAUCAAAAAAACAUCAGCAAAUGUCAUCGCUGAACCAGAAUGUGGCAGAACUUAUGCUCGAAAUUCAAAAAUCGUUGGUGGAGGAAAUGCUCGUUUCGGUGAAGUACCUUGGCAAGCGGCGGUGGUUAAGCGACAAUAUUUCAAUCAGAAAAUCUCUUGCGGUGGAGCCUUAAUUAACAAUAAAUGGGUUGUAACUGCGGCUCAUUGUGUUUACAAGACACCGGCCACAAAUUUACGUCUACGUCUUGGUGAUUACAAUUUACGAGGUCAAACGGAAAAGUUCACUCACGAAGAGUUCGGGGUGAAACGAAAGGUCGUCAAUGAGGACUACAAUCCGGCCACUUAUCAAAAUGAUAUCGCUCUCCUUGAACUCUCCCAUGAGGUUGAAUUCAAGCAGCACAUUAUACCUGUUUGUUUACCUGCGAAAGGUGAAAAUUUUACUGGUUCCAUGGCCACGGUAACCGGAUGGGGUAGGACGACUUAUGGUGUACCCGCUUCCCUUGGAGUACUACAAAAGGUUGAUGUGGAGAUAAUUGAUUCAAAUACGUGCCAACAGUGGAUGAAAUCGGUGGGUAGACGGGAAACUAUUUAUUCCAACAUGUUAUGUGCUGGUUAUAAAGAGGGUGGUAAAGAUUCAUGUCAGGGUGAUUCUGGAAGUCCACUUACCUUUAAAUCGGAUGGUAAAUCAGUUCUCAUUGGAUUAGUUUCAUGGGGUGUCGGUUGUGCGAAACCCAAUCUACCUGGAGUAUAUACCAGAGUCUCUGAAUAUGUCGACUGGAUUUCUAUUCAUACAAAAGAAACAUAAAUUAAUCGUAUUUAAUUUUCGCUAGAAUUUUUUUACAACCUUUUCUCUCUCUCUCUCUCUUUUAAAUUUUGAUGUUUCGAAAAAGAAAUCGCAUCUCUCCAGUCAUCGAAAGUCAACAAACCCACGAGCUCAUCUUACUAUUUUCAUCUGCCCACCACAAUCAACAAAUUAACACCAACAUCACUUUCAUCAUCUUCAUCAUCAUCAAAGCUUCAUUGUCACUGUCAAUUUAUUUUCAUCUCAUUUCAUCUGCAUCAAUUAAACAAUUAACCUUUUGAUUGACAAAAGUGAUUCAACUAUAAGCCAAGGAAAAGGGUUUCAAUCAAUGCUGAUCAAAUGAAACAAAUUAAUUAACCAAAUAAUUAAGACCGUCAUUGAUUAUCCUCUUUUUCAACUUAUUCAAUUUUUCAAAUUCAUUUCUAAAUCAACAUGCUCAUCAUUAUCAAUAUCAUCUUCAUCAUCUUCUCAUCAUCAUUUGCUCCCUCUUUAUCUUCUUGUGGCAUUCUUUCUUUCUUUCUUUCUUUCUUUUUCAAAUUGUUAAUAGGAAAUCAUCAUGAUUAGUUAAUCAUUUUGUGAAAAAUAGAAACCUUGAGACGUGAUACUCAAUGGAUUUUGUGUAUAAAGAAAUCGUCAUCAUGCUAAUCACAAUUUUUCUUAAACUUAGUUGUUAAUUAAAUUAGAAACCUAAUUAAUUUUGUAAUACACUUUUUCAAAUUUGACCUCAAAUUAAUAAAGUGGACACUUUUUUACGAAACGAUUUUA